AUGGGGAACUACAUAUCUUGCACUCUAUCAAGACCAGGAAGCAAGAACUGGAGAGGCAUAAAGGUGAUAUUCCCAAGUGGAGAGAUCAAGCAGUUUCAUGAAUCAGUUAAAGCAGCAGAGCUUAUGGUUGAGAUACCAAGCUUCUUUGUCGUAAACACUCGCUCUCUAAAGAUUGGAAGAAGGUUUUCUGCACUUAAUGCUGAUGAAGAACUCGAGUUUAGCAACGUUUAUGUGAUGCUUCCAAUGAAGAAGCUUAACUCUGCGGUUACAGCAGCUGACAUGGGUGCUUUGUUACUCACUGCCAACGCCGCAGCUAAAAGGGUAAAAGUGAGAGUUAUUCCUGAGGAAGAGAAAAUGGAAUCACAACCCAAGUUGAACUUGGAUGACAUUGAAGACUUGUCUAACCCAGAGUUCAUGCACAGGUUGUCCAUGUGCAGGUCUAAGAAGCCUUUGUUGGAGACCAUAGAAGAAGAGCCAUUCUGUUCAAGAUGAAUGGUCUUUCUUUUGAGCUACCUAAAUCAUUUUCUCAUGCAACUGGGGAUUGUUUUCUUAUGUUGUGAGACAUCG